UAGAUUGAACCGUGCACCGUACAGACUUGUUGGUACUUGUUUCAAUACGUUAUGCAUGGCCGGUGGUGGUAGUUUCAUGAAAAGUGCAAAUCGUACGGCUUGCACAGUAUAGCCGUAGCCCGUAAUAGUCGUUUGAAUUACUGUCGCCUGUGUUUAACAGCAGUAUUGUGAAAUGUAUGUUCUGGGCAUAGUGGUUGCAUGCUUGAUUUGUUUUCUGCUUUUGAAAUGGACGAAGAGGAGACGAUUCUGCCUCGAUACAAAAAGACUACAUGGCAAGACGGUGCUUAUCACAGGGGGACAUUGUGGGAUUGGGAAGGAGACUGCGAUCGCUCUGGCUCAGCGAGGAGCCCGGGUGAUUAUUGCCUGUCGAGACUCUGGGAAAGCCGAAGAGGCAGUGAGGGAGAUUAGGAGAGCGAGCUGCAGCAUGAAUGUGCAGCACAUGAAACUGAACCUGGCGAACCUGCAGUCCAUCCGAGACUUCAGUGAGGCACUGCUGAAGAGAGAGAAGCGGCUGGACGUGUUGAUCAAUAACGCUGGAAUGCCGUGUGUCCUGGACUGGACAGACGAUGGCUUCAGCAUGUGCUUUGGCGUCAAUCACCUGGGUCACUUUCUGCUCACCAAUCUCCUGCUUGGCCGCUUGAAGGAGUCGUCCCCGAGCCGUGUCAUCAGCCUCACCUCCUCUAUGUACAAGUACCAGAAACUGGACUUCCAGGAUCUGAACUACAACAUCGUGCCUUUCUUCACCUACUGCCGGAGCAAGCUGGCCAACAUCUACUUCACUCAGGAACUGGCCAGGAUGAUGGAAGGGAAAGGAGUGACUGCAUAUUCUGUACACCCAGGGUUUGUUCACAGUGACUGGACGUCCCACUUCUCCUCAGUGUUUCGCAUGCUGCUGUGGUUUGUCAUGGUCUUGGUUUCCGUGCCCUGUGAAGUUGCUGCUCAGACCGUCGUUCACUGUGCUGUAGCAGAUGAAGUCCUACAGCACAACGGGAAGGUUUUUUUCGACUGCCAGCCCGCCAAACUCCACCCCUUCGCGGAGGAUGAGGGGGCGGCUAAAAAGCUGUGGGAAGCAAGUGAGAGGAUGGUAAACCUCAUCUGACAGAACCCUGUUCUGAUUUGGUGACUGCGAUGAUUGAUUCCAGAUUGGAGGUCAAACCACUGAAGUCAAUGGGACGGGGUCUUAAAUGAAGAAUAACUAACUGCGUUUCAUUUCCAUCAGUGGUUUACAGUCACACGGGAAACAUUUUUUGGCACAGGUUGGAAUACUUCAUUCUGUUAAAACUGCAGUUUAAAUUUACUUGAAUGUUCCUGUGCUGACGCAGAUCAAAGUGCAAAUGAAAGCACUGGGUUUGCGGUAGAGGAGUACAGGCUCAUAGUCUGCAUUUCUUAUUGAUUCUCAGGCUGGAUGAAUGAGGAGGAGUACAGGCUCGUAGUCUGCAUUUCUUAUUGAUUCUCAGGCUGGAUGAAUGUAGAGGAGUACAGGCUCAUAGUCUGCAUUUCUUAUUGAUUCUCAGCCUGGAUGAAUGAGGAGGAGUACAGGCUCGUAGUCUGCGUUUCUUAUUGAUUCUCAGCCUGGAUGAAUGAGGAGGAGUACAGGCUCAUAGUCUGCAUUUCUUAUUGAUUCUCAACCUGGAUGAAUGAGGAGGAGUACAGGCUCGUAGUCUGCAUUUCUUAUUGAUUCUCAGCCUGGAUGAAUGAGGAGGAGUACAGGCUCAUAGUCUGCGUUUCUUAUUGAUUCUCAGUCUGGAUGAAUGAGGAGGAGUACAGGCUCAUAGUCUGCGUUUCUUAUUGAUUCUCAGCCUGGAUGAAUGAGGAGGAGUACAGGCUCAUAGUCUGCAUUUCUUAUUGAUUCUCAGCCUGGAUGAAUGAGGAGGAGUACAGGCUCAUAGUCUGCAUUUCUUAUUGAUUCUCAGCCUGGAUGAAUGAGGAGGAGUACAGGCUCGUAGUCUGCAUUUCUUAUUGAUUCUCAGCCUGGAUGAAUGUAGAGGAGUACAGGCUCGUAGUCUGCAUUUCUUAUUGAUUCUCAGGCUGUAAAGUUCUUCUUCUUUACACUAAAAUGCAGUGGAACUAUCCCAACCUGUAGCAAUACUGUGUACUGUAUUUAUUGACUGUCAUGCUGUAUAGCAGUAACAGAGUGAGUUUUUGGCGUGAGUACAGUGUGAUACAUUACUGUAGGAGGGGGUCCUGCACCACAAUAAGACAUUAUAAGACUUCUUUCAGGUUAUUUCCAACCCACCAGAAGGUACUGUAAUUUAAUCUGUAUUGCAGUAUGACCUCUCUGCACUUCAUGAUAAUGUCAGUGGCUGUUCUGCUACAGUAUUCCUUGCUUGAACGAUUACGUUAUCUUUACAGUUUUACAGUUAGUGCCGUAUCUGCAAUGCAAAUCCAGUGUCUCAGAUAUAGCACCACUUUGGAUUUUGUUACAGGUAAACUACCGAAAAAGACCCAAAUUGCUAACUACAAUUCGAAUGCAUGUGAAAAUGUUUUAAAAUGCUAGUAUACGAUGUCAGUUAUGCAUCAUUGUCUUUUUAUUUUUGUUAUUUUAUAUAAUUCUAUGUAUAUGUGCACACAAUAUGACUUGUAAGAAAUAAAAAAUA